AUGUCAUUAUUUAAGAAAAUUGCCAAGGCUUAUGUUGCUUCUGAAGCGCUUGUUCAAGAUGAUAGAUAUCACAGAGGAACAAUUGAACAUGACGAGGAUGAAAAGCUGGGAAAUGUCAAUAUAGAAGUUAAUCCUGUCGGAUCAGAUGAUUCUAAAGAAAUUCAUUACAGGGAAACUUCGAAAUGGUUUAAGUUGAGAAAGUUCUUGUGGGAUGGUACAGGUAAACAUCCUAAGGAACAAAAGUAUUUAUUAAAAUUAGAUUUCUUUUUCUUGUCUUCAGCUUGUUUAGGUUAUUUUAUUAAGAAUUUAAAUCAAUCUAAUGUUACUACUGCUUAUGUUAAUGGUAUGCAAGAAUACUAUGGUAUGUACAAUAACCAAUAUAAUUAUGUUACUACUGCUUUCACUGUCGGUUAUAUCGUUGGUCAAAUUCCUUCAAAUUUAAUUUUACAUAGAUUAAAAGCAAGAUAUUACUUAGGUACUUUAGAAAUUAUUUGGGCCAUUUUAACUUUACUUAUGAUUACACCAGGCAGAGGAGAAAUUAGAAGUGUUUAUGUCUUACGUUUCUUUGUUGCUUUAUUUGAGCUGGCAUUUUUCCCUGGGUUUGAAUACUUAGUUGGUUCCAAUUAUAGCACUGCAGAAAUUUCUAAAAGAUCUGCUUAUAUUGCUAUUUCUGGGGUUGUUUCGGGUAUUAUAUCUGGUCCCCUUCAACAGGCUAUUCUUACAAGGUUCAAGCAUUCAAGUAUAGAACCUUUCAAAUGGAUGUUUAUAUUUGAUGCAAUAAUCAGUUUCCCCAUCGGUAUAUAUACGUUUUUUGCUAAUCCUAAUACUCCUUCAACUACUGAUGUAUGGUAUUUCACUCUCGAAGAUAAAUUGGUAGGGUUAGAAAGAAGAAAGAAAGCAAAAGCCCAAUUAAAUACCAGAGUUCCAUACAGUUGGAAAAUAGUCAAGGAAUUCUUUAAUACUUGGCAUAUUUAUGUCUUCCCAUUAUUAUUCCUUGCUUAUAACAAUACCUGUGCUGCUUUCGGUAAUCCUACUUUCCAAUUAUGGUUAAAAGUUACAUUGCAGAAAUCAUCAUACGCUUAUAAUACUUGGCCAUCAGUGGUUUAUGCUGUUGGUGUAAUUAUAACACUUAUCAUAUUCUACUUAAAUGAUUUCUUGGGGGGUAAGACUAACGUUUACAUUGUAAGUCUGUAUUUUAUAUUUGUGACAUUUGGGUGUAUAUGUUUGGCAGUCUGGGAUAUUCCAAUCGGUCUUCAUUGGCUUUCUUAUUUCCUUAUUGGAUUCCCAACAGCCUAUGGUCAACCUGGUAUUGUUUCUUGGAUGAAUAGAUUACUAUUACAUAAUGAUAUGAAAAGAAAUUUUGUUGUUGUUUGUACAAAUACACUUGCUUAUGUUACUGGAGCUUGGGUUCCAAUUCUUGUUUGGAACACUAAUACAGCCCCCGAGUAUUUUAUUGGAUUUACUUAUACUGCCGUGUUGGCUGCGCUAGGAUUAGUAUUGACUUUCUUGACUCAAUAUUUGAGUCUUAGAGAUGAAAGAAGAGCAAAGAGUGAUAAGGAACUGGAGGCACAAAGUUUAGAAGGAUCUGAAAUUGCUGGCAAUGAAAAGGAAUCAUUUUAAAUCUAGUUAGUUUUUUAUACUUCGUUUCUUAUUAAAUAUAUUGAUUUAUUGAGCUUACAAA